AUCGAAUUGACCGCGCCUUUCGCGACAAGGAUGCAGGCAAUCCCACACUCGAUCUCAUCCGCCGAACACCGACACCGAUUGCACACCAUACCAGCAUGGUCUCAGCCGACCCCUCGACGCGGUCAUGAAAUCAUUUCUCGGGACCGCCUGGAAACCCCCAAGACCACCAGUCCGCGUCAUUUGGCGAUGGCGCUCUAAGUCGUCUGGCCUUCCCAACCCCAAAUUCCUAAAGAACAGGGACCCAAACCAAUAUGGCGAUGUCGACGCCAAGUUCCUGCGGACCGGCCUGCAAAAUGAGCAGUCGUCGACGCUGCGGCGGCCGGCCUUCAUGAUCCGCCGCAACUACCAGCUCUUCCACAACCUCGUCGAGUCGCGCUUCUCCAAGGUCAUCGAGUCGAUGGGCGCCUGGGCCGACAACAAAGAGGAGUGGCGCUCCUUCGGCAUCAACAACCAGUCCCAGCUGGACCGCGAGGUCGGCCUGUUCAAGAUGGUGCUGGACCGGGCCUUCGAGCUGGCCACCAACGGCAGCAAGACGAGCCGGCAGGACAACCCGCUCUUCUGGAACCUGCGCAACGCCUUCAUCCGCUUCGACGCCGCCGGCCUGGCCCGCGAGCUCAAGUACGCCUUCCAGACCUUCCUGAUGCGCUCCCGCUUCCCCAAGGCCGUCAACGAGCUGCACAUGGCCCUCGCCGACCUCCGCUUCCCCUACGAGUGGUACCCGGCCACCCGGAUGAUGCAGCGCACCAUCCACCUCCACGUCGGCCCCACCAACUCGGGCAAGACGUACAACGCCCUCAAGGCCCUCGAGAACGCGCGCACCGGCAUCUACGCGGGGCCCCUCCGCCUGCUGGCCCACGAGACCUGGAGCCGCUUCCAGGCCAAGAACAAGCCGUGCGCCCUCGUCACCGGCGAGGAGGUGAGGAUACCGGCCGACACCGACACCUGGUUCCACAGCUGCACCGUCGAGAUGACGCCGCUCAACGCAAGGGUCGACGUCGCCGUCAUCGACGAGAUCCAGAUGAUCGCCAACGACGAGCGCGGCUGGGCCUGGACCCAGGCCUUCCUCGGCGUCCAGGCCAAGGAGGUCCACCUCUGCGGGGAGGAGCGGGUCGUGCCGCUCAUCCAGGACCUGUGCGCCCGCAUCGGCGAGAAGUGCAUCGUCCACCGCUACGAACGGCUGAACCCGCUCCAGGUCAUGGACAAGAGCAUGAAGGGCAGGUUCGGCAACCUCCAGAAGGGCGACGCCAUCGUGGCCUUCUCCAAGGUCAGCAUCCACCAGCUCAAGGCGGGCAUCGAGAAGGAGACGGGCCGCAGGUGCGCCGUCGUCUACGGCAGCCUGCCGCCCGAGACGCGCGCCAGCCAGGCGGCGCUCUUCAACGACCCCAACAACGACUACGACUUCCUCGUCGCCAGCGACGCCAUCGGCAUGGGCCUGAACCUCGAGGUCAAGCGGGUCAUCUUCGAGUCCAGCUUCAAGUUCGACGGCACCGCCUUCCGGCCCCUCACCAUCCCCGAGAUCAAGCAGAUCGGCGGCCGCGCCGGGCGCUACCGCACCGCCGCCCAGGAGAUGACGGGCGACACGUCCAAGCCGGCCCCGGGCCUCGUCUCGGCCCUGGACGACGAGGACCUCCAGAUGAUCAACGACGCGUUCCAGACCGAGGCGCCGCCCAUCCCGACCGCCGGCAUCUUCCCUCCCCCGUCCGUCAUCGAGCGCUUCCACUCCUACUUCCCGCCCCGGACGCCCAUCAGCUUCGUCCUGGCCCGCCUGCGCGAGAUGAGCCGGCUGUCCCCGCGCUUCCACAUGUGCGACUUCAGCGUCGUGCUGCAGAUCGCCGACAUCAUCCAGCCCUACGACCUGAGCGUGUCGGACCGCUGCGUCUUCCUGCACGUGCCCGUCAACCUGCGCGACCCCAGGCAGGUCAGCGCGCUGCAGGCCUUUGCCAAGUGCGUCGCCGAGCUCGGCAGCGGCCGCCUGCUCGACUUCGACGUCAUCGACCUCGAGGUCCUCGACGAGGUCCGCCCCAGCCUGCCCUCGGAGCAGGUCACGUACCUGCACCGCCUCGAGUCGCUCCACCAGACCAUCACCAUGUACCUGUGGCUGAGCUACCGCUACCAGGGCGUCUUCCAGAGCCAGGGGCUCGCCUUCAAGGUCAAGGAGAUGGUCGAGGAGAAGAUUGCCGACCACCUCGAGAAGCUGAGCUUCGUCGAGGACCUGCAGCGCACCAAGAGACAGCGCAUGCGCAAGAUGGCCAAGAAGAUCGAGAAGAAGGAGAGGACCCUGCUGGGCCCGGACGAGGAUCAGCUCAUCGGGCCGCACGAUGAGGGGCUGGGCGAGUGGGUCGAGGGUGGGCAGGAGCCCAUGUUCGAGGGGGAGGUGGAUGAGGCCGGGCCCGUGGCCGGGGCCGUGGCAGUGCCCGAAGAAGGAGGCAAGAAAGGUGAGGUGUCCGCGCGGGCCUGAGGGUGGAAGGAGGGGGGGGGUUCGUGUCUGUAUAAUAUGAUAAGUCGGCGGAUAGAUUUUGUACGUAUACUUUUUGUUGUAGGAUACGGCUUUUGCAUAAGCGUCAGGAAUGGUUUACACGGAUCUCGGUACAAGAGUACAAAUAAAACGAAAGAGGGAGUCAACCGCUAUGCUCGGGUGAUCUGCGAUAACUUUCUUAGCUCUGAAAACAGCGUUUGCUCUCUUCAGGGACACGUUCCCGACUGCUAUGCCCCUAUCCGCUCCUUCAUUGCCCGGCCUUCUUCUGCUGAGGACCUCUACCACAAGCGGGUUCCGCUCCUCUUUGCAAAGUUCCUUUUUGUCGGGGGA